AUGAAAUUAGGAUAUAAUGAAAUAAUGAUAACAUCAAAGUAUUUUAAUGAUAUUAAUGAUUUCAUUAAUUUAGAAAUAGGAAUUAAAAGAUUUCAAGGAAAUAUUGAACGAUUUCAUUUUAAUCCAAUUCCAUUAAAUGAAUAUUCAAGAAAAUUGUUUACUAAUAUUGAAACAUUCCAUGUUUAUGAAUAUGAUGAUGAAAUAUUUAAAGAUGGAAGAAUAUUUAAAUAUGUAAUAUGGUAUUUAGUAAAUUAUUCAGAAUAUUUACAAGAGAAAGAACAAGGAAAUAUCUGUAAAAAUAUAGAAUAUACAAAAAAAGAUAGAAAGAAAUAUGGAAAUACAAUACCAUCAGAAGUUAAAUCACUUGGAUAUGAAUGUUUUAUAUACUGUUAUUCAUUAACAACAAUUAAUAUACCAUCCUCAAUUAGUGUAUUAGGAAAAUGUUGUUUUUAUAAAUGUUCAUCAUUAACAUCAAUUAAUAUACCAUCAACAAUUAGUAAAAUAGGAGAUGGAUGUUUUUAUGGAUGUUCAUCAUUAAUAUCAAUUAAUACACCAACACCAAUUAAUGAAAUAGGAAGUAGAUGUUUUGAAUACUGUUCAUCGUUAACGUCAAUUAAUAUACCAUCAUCAGUUAAAUCACUUGGAUAUCAUUGUUUUUAUGGAUGUUCAUCAUUAACAUCAAUUAAUAUACCAUCAUCAAUUAAUGAAAUAGGAGAUGAUUGUUUUAAUGGAUGUUCAUCAUUAAAAUCAAUUAAUAUACCUUCAUCAGUUAUAUCAAUAGGAUAUUGGUGUUUUUAUGAAUGUUCAUCAUUAACAUCUAUGAAUAUAGAUAAUUUACAAUUUAUUAGUGAAGAUAGAAUAUUUAUGAAUGAACCAGUACUAGUUAGUGUUCAAAUACCAGAAAAUCUACAAAUAAUCAAUGGAAAGAAUAUUGAAAAGAAAGAUAUUAAUAAAUUUAUUAUUCCAUCUUCAAUUACUAAAUUAGGAAAUGCAUGUUUUAAUGGAUGUUCAUCAUUAAAAUCAAUUAAUAUUCCAUCAUCAAUAAGUAAAAUAGGACAUGGAUGUUUUGAUAGAUGUUCAUCAUUAACAUCAUUUAAUAUACCAUCUUCAAUUACAUCAUUUGGACGUGGAUGUUUUGAAGAAUGUGGAUGUGAAGAUGAAUUAAUGAAAAAUAAAACAAUACCAAGUUAUUGUUUUGAAUCUGAUGAAAGCUGGUCUGAUUAA